AGCACUCUCUCUAGUCUCUUCACCCUUCCUCUCUCUUUUUGGUUCUUUACGUUCCCACGGCAAAGUAAAGCACAAAGCCACAGCCCACAGGGAGAAGAUACAACUAGGGAAUGCCAAUCUAGCACAUGCUUGAUUUGAUCUGUCUUGAUUCGCUUUUUCGUGGGUAUGUAUCUGAUCCGUCAGUAAACAGAGCAAUACGGGAUUAUGGACAGAGAUAGAGCAAUGGAUGGCAAAAUGACAGCAUAAGUGGACAAGA